GCCUCCACUGCGGCAUCCCCUGUGCCAGGACCAGGGAUGAGCAGGCUAUGCAGGCGGACUUUCCCGGCCUCCGGAGGUGCCCAUCACACCCUGGGGACGCAUGGGGGGCCCCCUGCCACUGCCCACUGAGACUGUAGGAUGGCCACCCUGACCUCCUUUGUGAUGCUUCCACGCCAGUCACUCAGGUGGGACAUGCUGAAAUGGUUUCUGCAUGCAGAGUCGCCAACCAUGCCUCGGCAGCCUGAGUGCAGCGGGCCCUGAGCACCUGCUGAGCGUCCACUGGCUGCCCCGUGACACUUGUGAAAGAAAGGAAAAAAAAAAAGACAGCUCCCCAGCCCUCCUGGGCUCGGCCCCUGCAACUCUUCCCCGAUGUGGCCAAGGCCGGGCUGGGGACCAGUGGGUCACUCGUGAGUGCAGCCUGCCCCACCCUGGUCUGAGGAGCACCCGGAGCCUGUGCGGAGGCCAUGGAUCCGGAACACAGCGUCAAGGGCACCAAGAAGGCUGAGGGGAGUCCCCGGAAGCGGCUGACCAAGGGAGAGGCCAUUCAAACCAGUGUUGCGUCCAGCACCCCGUACCCCAGCAGCGUGACCGUCGCUGCCCCCCAGGAAAGCCCCCUCCAAGAGCUCCUGGUCCCGCAGCCCUUCCCGGGGCCCUCGCUGAUCCUCCGGGAAGGCCCUCAGGAGAAGACGGGCCCACCGCAGAAGCCCCCCAAGAGGCCGUCCAUCGAAGCCUCCGUCCACCUCUCCCAGCUGCCGCAGCCUCUGACACCAGCAUUCAGGGCGCCCGGCCAGCCGGAGCAUCUCCUGGAAGGAUCCACGUGGCAGCUGGUCGACCCCAUGAGGCCCGGCCCUUCUAGCUCCUUCGUCACCCCCGGACUCCAUCCUCAGGGCCAGCUCCUUCCUGCCCACGCGUCCAUCCUCCCCGCCGAGGACAUGCCGGGCAUCCCCAAAGUCUACGUGCCCCGUGCCUCCCAGGUGCCCCCGAAGCCCGCAGAGGAGGCGCACAAGAAGGAGAGGAAGCCCCAGAAGCCGGGCAAGUACAUCUGCCAGUACUGCAGCCGGCCCUGCGCCAAGCCCAGCGUGCUGCAGAAGCACAUCCGCUCCCACACGGGCGAGAGGCCCUACCCCUGCGGCCCCUGCGGCUUCUCCUUCAAGACCAAGAGCAACCUGUACAAGCACCGGAAGUCCCACGCCCACCGCAUCAAGGCCGGCCUGGCCUCGGGCCUGGGGGGCGAGAUGUACGCCCCGGGGCUGGAGAUGGAGCGGCUCCCUGGGGAGGAGUUCGAGGAGCCCACCGAAGGGGAGAGCACUGACUCAGAGGAGGAGACGGGCACGGCAGCCGCCCACCCCGCCGAGCUCCCCGGCAGGCCCAAACACCCGCUCCUGUCCAGCGGUCUCUACAGCUCCGGCAGCCCCGGCUCCAGCCACGAGCAGCGCUGCUCCUUGUCCCAGUCCAGCGCGGCCCCAUCCCUGGAGGACCCUGCCCCAUUCGCCGAACCCCCCUCCGAACACGCCCUGAGCCAUAAAGCCGAGGACACCCACAGCAUCAAGCAGAAGCUGGCACUCCGCCUGAGCGAGCGGAAGAAGGUGAUCGACGAGCAGGCGUUCCUGAGCCCGGGCAGCAAGGGCAGCACCGAGUCGGGCUACUUCUCCCGCUCGGAGAGCGCCGAGCAGCAGGCCAGCCCUCCCAACACCAACGCCAGGUCCUACGCCGAGAUCAUUUUCGGCAAGUGCGGCCGCAUCGGACAGCGCACGGCCAUGCUGGCGGCCACGGCCACCCAGCCCCUGCUGCCCCUGUCCAGCGACGACAAGCCCAGCCUGGUGCCGCUGUCGGUGCCCCGGACGCAGGUGAUCGAGCACAUCACCAAGCUCAUCACCAUCAACGAGGCCGUGGUGGACACCAGCGAGAUCGACAGCGUGAAGCCCCGCAGGAGCUCGCUGUCCCGCCGCAGCAGCAUGGACUCCCCCAAGUCCAGCCUCUACCGCGAGCCCCUGGCACCCCACGGCGAGAAGCUGAAGCCAGACCCGUCGCUGCUGGGCCUCCAGCACCCGCCCAGCACCACCACCGCCCCCGUGCCCCUGCUGCGGAGCCACUCCAUGCCCUCCGCCGCCUGCACCCUCAGCACCCCCCACCACCCCUUCCGGGGCAGCUACUCCUUCGACGACCACGUGGCCGACCCCGAGACCCUGAGCCGCAGCAUCCAGGGGCUGACCUCCCACCCCCGCAUGCUCAAGAGACAGCCGGCCAUCGAGCUGCCUCUGGGGGCAGAGUAUGGCUCCGAGGAGGCGGGGCCCAGCGGCAAAGACGCCCCCGCCAAACCCGCCGAGGAGCCGCCAGAGCCCAAGGAAGGAGACCUCGCCAAGAAGACCAAGAAGGGCCUGAAAGCCAAAGGGGUCAUCUACGAGUGCCACGUCUGCGGCGCCCGCUACAAGAAGAGGGACAACUACGAGGCCCAUAAGAAGUACUACUGCUCCGAGCUGCAGAUGGCCAAGCCGGCCGCCCCGGCCCCGGUCCCAGCCCCGGCCCCGGCCCCGGCCCCGGCAGGUGCUCCCCCAGCUCCCCCGGCUCCUGACGCUGCCGAGAAGAGUCGCCCAGAGCAGGAGCCCUGGUCCCAGAUGAUGCAUUACAAGCUGGGGGCCACCUUGGAGCUCACGCCGCUGCGGAAGAGAAGGAAAGAGAAGAGCCUGGGGGACGAGGAGGAGCCCCCGGCCUUCGAGUCCACAAAAAGCCCGUUUGGUGGCCCCAGGUCCUCCGAGGCACCUCGGACUCUGACCCUGGAGCCCGGCAAGUCGGCAGCAGAGCCCAGUACACUGGGGCCCUCUCGGGAGGCCCUCCCGGGCUUCCCGUCCUGCACGCCCAAAUCGGGGCCCGGUUCCGAGUCGGGGAAGGAGAGGAGAACCACGUCCAAAGAGAUCUCCGUCAUCCAGCACACCAGCUCCUUCGAGAAGUCGGACUCCCUGGAGCAGCCCUGCAGCUCGGAAGGGGAAGAGCGGCCGGCGGCCCCCUUCUCAGCGGCGCCCCCGGCCCCCCUCACGCGCUCCCCUCACUCCCUGCAGGCCAAGCUGGUGCGCCAGCCCAACAUCCAGGUCCCCGAGAUCCUGGUGACCGAGGAGCCCGACCGGCCGGACACGGAGCCAGAGCCCCCGCCCAAGGAGCCCGACAGGCCCGAGGAGUUCCAGUGGCCGCAGCGCAGCCAGACGCUGGCCCAGCUCCCUGCGGAGAAGCUGCCACCCAAGAAGAAGAGGCUGCGGCUGGCCGAGAUGGCCCAGUCUUCGGGCGAGUCCAGCUUCGAGUCCUCGGCGCCCCUGUCCCGCAGUCCCAGCCAGGAGAGCAGCGUGUCCCUGAGCGGGUCCAGCCGCUCGGCCUCCUUCGACAGGGACGACCAUGGAAAGGCCGAGGCCGCCGGACCUGGGGCCGACACUCGCCCCAGACCCUUGGGCACCCACAGGCUGACCGUCCCCAGCCACCAUGCCCACAGCCACGCCCGAGAGAUGCGGAGGUCGGCCUCGGAGCAGAGCCCCAACGUGGCCCCCUCGGCCCACAUGGCCGAGAUGCGCAGCAAGUCCUUCGACUACGGAAGCCUGUCCUCCACUGGCCUCCCCGCGCCUGGCCCUCCAGUCGCCCCUGCCACUGCCGCCGAGAGAAGAAAAUGCUUCUUGGUGAGACAGGCGUCCCUGAGCCGGCCUCCAGACGCAGAGCUGGAGGCCGUGCCCGCAGGAAGACAGGAGGGUGAGGAGGCCAAGCCCUCACCCAGUAACCCUGCCGCCCAGAGCUCCUCUGGGUCUGCCCCUCUCGGGAGGGCCCCGGAAGGCCAGGGCCAGGCUCCGGACAGACCCGCUCUUGGCUCCACUCCGCCCUACACAGAAGAGGCGUUCCACCACCCCCUCGCUCAGCUCCCCCUGCACGAGAAGCCCUACCUGCCUCCUCCACUCCCUGUCUUCUCCUUCCAGCACCUCUUACAUCCAGAGCCGGGACAGCCUUCAGAGUUCUUCUCCGCCCAGACCAUGCCCAGCCUCCUCUCCCCGCCCUAUUCCAUGCCCCCCCUUCCGCCUUCCUUGUUCCAGGCCCCGCCCCUGCCACUCCAACCCACUGUCCUGCACCCAGGACACCUCCACCUGCCCCAGCUCCUGCCUCACCCCGCCAGCAUCCCCUUCCGGCAGCCCCCUUCCUAUCUCCCCAUGCCCUACCCCACCGCCUCACCACUCUCAUCUGGGUUUUUCCUGCCUCUGCAAUCCCAGUAUGCCCUUCCGCUUCCUGGCGAGGUGGAAAGUCACCUUCCCCAGGGCAAAACCAGCCUGGCCCCCCUAGAAACAGGGAUGGCUGGUCCCUCCCCCAGCACGGAAUUCGGCGGUGACGUUCCGCUGCCCCCUGCGACGCCCCCAGUCAGCUCCUCGGCACCCACGUCAGCCCCUCCGCUGGCCCUGCCCGCCUGUCCAGACACCAUGGUGUCCCUGGUGGUGCCCGUCCGCAUUCAGACUCACAUGCCAUCCUACGGGAGUGCCAUGUACACUACUCUCUCCCAGAUCCUGGUUACCCAGUCUCAGGGCAGCUCGGUCACGGCUGCUCUUCCCAAGUUUGAGGAGCCCAUUCACAAAGGGACAGCGGUGGGUGGGGCAGAGGUGUACCAGGUCGGGCCCGGUCCGGCCAGGGUCCCUGAAGAGCAGAGCGGACGCUUCCCGACUCCGUACCUGAGAGUGCCCGUGACUUUGCCUGAGCGGAAGGGCACGCUGCAGUCCUCAGAGGGGGCCCUGAGCCUGGAGGGGAGUUCCUCCACAGUGGGGGGAAGCAAGCGUGUACUUUCACCAGCUGGCAGCCUUGAGCUUACCAUGGAAACCCAGCAGCAAAAGAGGGUGAAGGAAGAGGAGGCUUCCCAGGCUGACGAAAAACUGGAGCUGGUGAAACCCUGCAGUGUGGUGCUUACCAGCCCUGAAGACGGCAAGAGGCCAGAGAAAUACCACCUGGGAAGCCAAGAUCAGGGCAGGAGAGAGGUAGAAAAGCUGUCUGGGCUGUCUUCAGAUCCAUCUGACCCAAAGGAAGUCCCUUCCCUUCCUCACCCACCAUUGCCCCAUGGGGCAGCCCCAGGCUCAGAGGCUUUGAAGGACUAUGCCCAGUCAUCUGGUCAACCUCAGCCAAGAGGGCUAUCUCCUCUGAGUGUAAAGAAAGAAGAUUCCAAGGAACAGCCUGACCUCCCUCCACAGGCACCUCCCAGCUCGCUGCCUCUGCCAGAAACAUCCUCCAGGCCAGCCAAGUCACAAGAAGGUACGGACUCCAAGAAGGUACUGCAGUUCCCCAGCCUCCACACGACCACUAAUGUCAGUUGGUGCUAUUUAAACUACAUUAAGCCAAAUCACAUCCAGCAUGCAGAUAGGAGGUCCUCUGUUUACGCUGGUUGGUGCAUAAGUUUGUACAACCCCAACCUUCCGGGGGUUUCCACUAAAGCUGCUUUGUCCCUCCUGAGGUCUAAGCAGAAGGUGAGCAAAGAGACAUACACCAUGGCCACAGCUCCGCAUCCUGAGACGGACAGGCUUGUGCCAUCCAGCUCCCGCAAGCCCCGCAUGACAGAGGUUCACCUCCCUUCGCUGGUUUCCCCGGAAGGCCAGAAAGAGAUGGCUCGAGCGGAGAAGGAAGAAGAGAUGCGCGGGAAGCCGGAGGAAGACGCUCCUGCCUCCCAGAGAGGGGAGCCGGCGAGGAUCAAAAUCUUCGAAGGAGGGUACAAAUCAAACGAAGAGUAUGUGUAUGUGCGAGGCCGCGGCCGAGGGAAAUAUGUGUGUGAGGAGUGUGGAAUUCGCUGCAAGAAGCCCAGCAUGCUGAAGAAACACAUCCGCACCCACACUGACGUCCGGCCUUAUGUGUGCAAGCACUGUCACUUUGCUUUUAAAACCAAAGGGAAUCUGACUAAGCACAUGAAGUCGAAGGCCCACAGCAAAAAGUGCCAAGAGACGGGGGUGCUGGAGGAGCUGGAAGCCGAGGAAGGAACCAGUGACGACCCGUUCCAGGACUCCGAAGGGCGAGAGGGCUGGGAGGCGGCGGCAAAACACCAGUUUUCAGACCUGGAGGACACAGACUCGGGGUCAGACCUGGAUGAGGAGGAGGAAGAGGAGGAGGAGGAAGAGGAGGAAGAGGAGAGCCAGGACGAGCCGUCAGGCCCCCUGGAGGCAGAUUCCCCACCAGGGCAAGACCCCGGGCACAGGGACGUCCACUCUGGCAGCCAGGCCUCACGGGCCAGCCCGGUCUCAGAGGGCCCAGCAGCUGGCAGCGGUUCUGCUUCCAGCCCAGGCAGCCAGUGCGGCCCCCACCUGGCACCAACCCCUGCGGGCCCUGUGGAGAAGGACAAGGGCUCGGCCCCCAGCACCAAGGCCGAGUCCCCAAGAAGACCAUGGUCCCCAAGCCAAGAACCGGCCAGCCACACACCACUUGCCCACAAACACGCCCCCUCCCCAAGUGACUCGUGCUCCCAGCCACGUGCACCCGCCCGAGGCCCACCCACCUCCACCCCGAGCCCACCGGGCGCCCCGGCCCCCCGUGGGUAUCCCAGACUUGAACUGUCCCCUCUCAGUGCCCAGCCCCCGGAGAGAGAACCGCCCCUGCUGACACUCCUGCCCCCCGAACUCAAGGGCCACAUGGGCUCCCCCCGACAUUCACCACCCCCCGGGAGUUGGUUUCCGGGCCAGGCCGAGUCUCCGCCACGGUCAGCGCUGCCAGGGAAGUGGACCUCGGCGGGGUCGGGCAGCCCUUUGGCGGCAGAGCACGGCCCAGGCUCGGGGCCAGCCCCGCGGGCUCUGUUCCGGCCCACGCCUCUACCUCACACGCUUCUCGGCAGAAGCCCCGAGACCUGCGCCUCCACCGCGCAGAAGCCCGAGUCCCGAAGACCAUCCUGCCUGCCUGGCCCUGCCCAGCCUCUCUCCUCACGCCCCUGCGCCCCCCACGACGCCCACGGCCACCCCCCGACUGGGACAGAGAACAUCUUCAGCCACCUCCCUCUGCACUCCCAGCUCCUAACCCGCACCCCCUGCACCAUGAUCCCCAUCGGGGGGAUCCAGAUGGUGCAGGCCCGGCCGGGGGCCCACCCCAGCCUGCUGCCAGGGCCCACAGUGGCCUGGGUCAGCGGCUUCUCGGGGGGCGGCAGCGACCUGACGGGGGCCCGGGAGGCCCAGGAGCGAGGCCGCUGGAGUCCCACCGACAGCUCGUCGGCCUCGGUGUCCCCCGUGGCCAAGGUGUGCAAGUUCGCGCUCUCCUCCGAGCUGGAGGGUGGGGACGAGCCCAGGGAGAGCGAGAGGGCGAACAGGGGGCUGGGCCAGCCCCCGGACUGGGAGCCCCGGGUGGCCGAGGUGCCCACGGAGCCCACGCACAGAUCCCACACCCGGUCCCGGCCACCCCCGGGCCACUGGCCAGAGUCGUCCUGGAGGCCCCGCGUGGGCUCACUGCGCCGGCCGGCCCACCCCACGGCCUCGGCCGCCCCCACGCUGGACCGGAGCAGCUCCCUGGGGUGCCUGGCCGAGGCCGCUGCCCGCACCCCCACCCGGAGGAGGAGGAACCUCUCUGGGGAGCCCAGGACUGGCCAGGACUCCCCGGAGCCCUCAGGAAGUGGGGCGCCCAGGCCGCUUCCACGCCAGCCAGGGAAGGGCGAGGGCCCCCCCAGCACCUAG